AUGAAUUCCAAGGUUCUAUUCCUUCUUCUAAGUAUUGCUGUUGCUACCCAAGCUGAUUGGUGGGAUGAUGUUGUUUCCUCUGCUUCAAGCGGUCUUUCUUCUGCAGGUGACUGGCUUCGUGAAACCGCUGGACCAGCUGUUAGAGAAAAGUUCAAUGAUGCCAAAUCAACUCUCCAAGAUCCUGAGACUCAUAGAAAUAUCAAAGAGUGGAUAUCUGAGAAAGCUGAAGCUGCUUCUGAAUUCGCCCAAACUGAAGUCAUUCCUGAAUUGAAGAAGAUUUACGAAGCCGCUACAGCUGAGGAUACUACCACCCCCUCUACCAACAACGCUGAAAAGAUCGUUCCCCUAGAUGGUCAAUAA